ACUGAUGAACAAAUGAUCUUCGAUUCAUACAAGAGAUUUUUUGUAAGUGGGAAUUUGUUAAGUACAGUGAUGUUUGUUAAACGAAGUGUUUUCUGACAUUGCUCAUAGGAUAACCAUGUGCAAUUAGGGUGUUUUAUUGUUUGUCUAUUAUGUUUGUAUUGCAAUUGUGUCAUUCACAAUAAAUUUGCACUAGCACCUCUUUUAAAAUUGCUAUUGCAUUGCAUGCAUAAAAUAUUCCUUUGACCUUCUAUCAAAAAAAAAAUCUUUGACCAAAGUCAACGUAAAUGACUCAAAUCAAGAAAGUGUAUGAUUUGAAUCAAGUAUUUUUGUUCAGCAUAAUUUGAAUCAUAAAUGUUUUGAAUCGUGUUAUGGGUACUUUUGUUGAGCACGACUCAAAUCAUGGCUUCUUUUUUUUUUUUUCUUCCAAAAAUUGAGGAAAUUUCUCUAUAGACCUCCCAACCUUCUAGUCCACCUCUGGUGAAAAACCCAAACUACCCCUGACUUCGGAAGUUCAUUUCCGAAAUGCAAGAAAAGGCGUUUUCGGAGAUGCAUCUCCGAAAGCGUUUUUUUUUUUUUGAAAAAAUUGUCUUAUUUCGGAAGUUCAUUUCCGAAAACAGCAUUUCGGAAGUUCACUUCCGAAAUACUGCGCGUUCUGCAGAUUUAACAAAACACUCCCCCUCCCCCAUUCAUUUACCCUAACUCAAAUCAAAACACAACACCUCUUCAAAUUUUCUGCCAAAAUCAAGUGUAAGAUCAAAGAGCAUUCCCAAGUCUUCUUCCAAACUCAUCAUCAAACACUAAUUGGUAAGUUCUACAUUGUUUUUUCAAGUUUUAGAUCUAUUUGAAUAAACUCUAAUAGGGUGUUUAGAAACUGAAAAAAUCACAUUAAGAUAGGUUAGUACUGAUAUUAGGAUGUUUAGUAGGCAUAAAAGUAGUUUUGGUUUAGGUUUUUUGGGUCUGCCAUUGGAGGCUGUAUUGAAGGUCUGCGCAGGGGUGUUUCGGAAGUUCAUUUCCGAAAACACCUCCACCCCAGUUUUCGGAAAUGAACUUCCGAACUGUACCAGAAGUUCAUUUUUUUUUGUUUUUUCAUUUGUCUCGCAUAUUAAUCGAUUUCGAUUGUUUACAGGAACAUGUCAGGCAACCAACCAACACGCAUCAGACAGGGGAGAGAGUCCCAGACUGCGUCGGCUAGACGCGAGCGGGCGGCGGCGCAGCUGGCGUCGACCCAGGGACGGGGGCAGGGCCGGGGACGCCGUGUGCGAGUUCCCGUGGACGUGGGAGAGGGUACAUCUGGUUCAGGAUCUAGGAGUCGGCUGGCUCAGGCAUCUUCUUCCCGCCAGCGAGAGGAGGAGGAGGUGGCGACAGUGACUUACCACGAGCCGGAGGGGGUACCGGAAGUUGACCCUCCAGCCGGGGAGGAGGAUAAGCAGGAGGACGACUAUCCGGGAGGGCCCUUUGACACCUCUGUGCUGAUUCACUACCACGAUCACGUCGCUCGGCGGAUCUGGGAGGGAGAGGAGCGAGAGCCGUUGAAAAUGGUGAACCACGCUCAGAAGAUAUUUAGUCUGUUUAAACCAAUAGCUGAGUGGUUUAAUGACCAUGUGCGAGGUUCAGGGCUUUGCGGGCUCUGCAUGACGGGUUACACCACCAUCAGCACCGGCAUGCAGGGGGCAUUUGUGGAGCGCUGGCACAAGGAGACGUCCUCUUUCCACCUGCCGGUUGGGGAGAUGACGAUCACCUUGCACGACGUGCAGUGUCUUCUCCACCUGCCUAUUAGGGGGCCACUGUUGCACCACUCUCGGAUCCAGAGGGUCGAGGCCAUUGAGUGGAUGACGCUCUAUUUGGGCAUGGAGCACGAGGUUGCUCACUUUGAGUGCGUCACGACAUCUGAGCCUCAUGUCUGGUUCACCACACUGAGCACUUAUUUUGAGCACCACCUGGACGCGGCUGCCGAGGCUGAGGGUGAGGGUGACGAGCUAUUCACACAGUAUCACCGCGGCUGCGCUCUCCGGUGCUGGUACAUGCAUGUGGUAUGCGCUGCAUGCUUUGUGGAUAAGAGUGCCAGGUACGUCGACGUGACCUACCUCCGCUACUUCAUGGACCUGGAUACCGUUCACCAGUGGAACUGGGGGGCAGCUACUCUGGCAUACCUCUACCAGAAGCUGAAUGAGGCCUCCAACUGGAGGACGAGGCAGUUGGUCGGAUCCUGCACACUACUUACGAGCUGGAUCAUCUCCUACUUCUCCCGCAUCCACGGCUUUCACAUCGAUCCUGCAUAUGUGGACGCCAUGCCCAGGGCCGCCAGAUCGCUCUCCAGAGGGGGAACGAUGCGGUGGGACCAUACCGUUUGUACUUGGACCGCACGAUGCACGACGACGUCACCUGGAGGCCGUUCAGCGACUACGCUCAGAUUGUCCCCUUUGACGGCAUUGCUCUAUAUUCAGGCUGGUUGGCAUGCGGGACCGACAUCAUGGUCCGGUAUCUCCCUGAGCGGUGCAUGCGUCAGUUCGGAUUCGUGCAGCGGAUACCCAGGUCACCCUUUGAGGCAGCUCCCGACACAGUGACCCGAGUGCAGCUCACCGCCAUAUGGGAGGACUGGCAGCAUCAUGUGGUACCGCAGGAGUACCGUCUCACUCGGGUCACACAUGACUGGCACAGUGAGGAGGGGUACGUCACAUGGUUCUACCGGGUGUCCCAUCGUCUGCUGAGACCCGACGUUCCCGGCGCUCCUAGGCCAGCACAUGAGGAGAUCCUGGAGAACCAGCAGGCCGAGGAUGACCACGCCAUUGAUCUCCUGCCGAUCUGCCAGCGGGUAGAGAUGCUUGGGCGGGACGCGUUGGAUCGAGGUGUCGUUCAUCAGGGCGGUCCAGAUGCAGUCGCUGUGAUGGAGAUGAUCGUCACUGAUGCGGGCCGUGCGGCGGGGUACAGGCGGCAGAGGAGGGCCCAGGGUGAGAGGGUUAGGCACACCCAGUAGUGGUCGGGUUUAUUUAUUUUUUGUUUUCGGAUUGUAUCUUUAGCACACUAUUUUUAUUUGUUUCGGUUUGUAUAUAUUAUUUUCAUCGGAUUAGUAUUUUUUUUG